CUUCGGUCUGUUGCUUCUGCCAGUACUACUUCGGUUUGUCCUCCUGGUAUGCCCCGCUCUAGUCCACUCCCGGUCAACUGCCUUCUGUUUGCUGAUGAUGUUGCUAUCUUUGGUUCGUCGCACGAAGUGCAAAGGAUGUUGGAUCUAGCUGCUUCUCACUCUUUCUCUCUUGGCUACCGUUGGAAUCCUUCCAAGUGUGCUGUGCUUAAUGCUCCUUCUGUUACCUCCUCUACUUCGUUCAACUUUCGGUUGCGUCUUUAUGGCGAGCCUCUUCCGACUGUUGACGAGUUUAUCUAUCUUGGUGUCCCGUUCCGUAGUAAAGGUCUUUAUGGUCCUGGUAUCCUGGCUUUGCGGUCCUCUGGUGCUGUCAAAACUAUGGCUCUGCUUAACUCGGUCGGUGUCAACCGUAAUGGUUUCUCUCUUCUCCUUUCCUCGCGGCUGUAUACUUGCUUCAUUAGGCCCAAACUUGAGUACGGUCUGGCCAUCUCUCGUUUGACAUCUUCGGAUGUAAAAGCCUUUGACAAGUUGCAAAAUAGGUUGGUUGGUAUGUUCUUGGGUAGCUCCUGGGUUAAUGUUGCUAAGCACAUUACCUGUAUCCUUCCGUUCCAUCACCGGUAUAAGGUCCUGAUGACUCGCUACGUUCUUCGGUCUCGGUCUCUUGCGGAUGACUGCUUGGUUGUUCUCUUACGAGACAGCCUGCGUUACUCUCGCUUGGUGAAGUAUCUCUCUGAGAACUCGCUAUACCGUUCGCUCCCAGAUCCUCUGCCUGUAUCCUCCUCCGCUCUCAAGGCUCUCUUUGACUCCCAUUGGCAAGAACAGUUUGAUCGUCAAAUGUCAGCUGCUUCCACCUCUGGUAAGUUCGUCCUCCUCCGUGCUUGUCGUCCUUCUGUGUCGCAACCGGAUCCCAUCCUCUACCUCCCCAUGUCUCGUACUGCCCGUAGUCGACUGGUUCGCUGGCGUCUCGGUCGCUUUACGAACAUGGAUGAAGAGUGUCCUUGUUCUUCUGGUGCUAGGCUCACCCGUGAUCACAUCUUGGUCUGUCGUGCUGUUGAUUCCUCCUUGGUCUCUCAGUUGCCUGUCUCUCCUCCUGGUGUCAACCGGAUUGAUCAUGCUCUUAACUGUCUCCCUCUUACUGCUUCUUCUGGCCCUCCUCCUUUCUGGUCGGCCUUACUUUCUCUGCUGUACGUGGUUGAUACCCUAAGUCACCCGUCAGCCCAUAUUGCUCCUGAUCCCGAUCCUGGUGAUUCAUGGUUGUCUGUUUCUUGUUCUCGUCGCUGAUGAAAUGUUUCUUUUUGUUUUCUAAUUGCGUC